AUGUUACUGAAAAAACCACCUAGCCCAAUUAAGGGGCUUUCCGUCCCCUUAAAAAUUCAUGGAGUUGUGGGUGGUGGAAUCACCUUGAGGUGCCCCUUCGAAAGGGUUCCUUCAGUUGAACAUGUCAACUGGAAGAAAAAUGGCCGAACUCUCACCAUCGUCGGCGAUUCGAGAAUCAUCCACGAUGACGUCACGAUCACCAUUAACAACCUGGAGAUGGGUGAUUCAGGGAUGUACACCUGCUUAGCCAUCAACGGCUUCGGAUCGGCGGAAGCGGAAAUAGAUCUAGCAGUUGUCGGAAGUGAAAAGAAACUCGGCGACAGUUAUAGUAAUAGUAGUAGUAAUAAUAUAAAUAAUAAUAAUAUUAUUAUUUACGAUGAGAGUAAUUAUAGUCAUUAUGACUAUUAUGAAAAUAAUUUGAAAGAAGACGAUGAGGACAAUGACUAUGAGGAUUAUAAUGAUGAAAAGGACAAUGAUGUUUCUGAACAACAACAACUUCAACAUCAACAGCAUCAACAACAACAACAGCAUCAACAACAACAGCUAUAUUAUGUAAUCAUAGUGGCGUUAUUUGUUAGCACAUUAAUGUCACUCUUGGUCGUUCUAUCAUUUUUAUUGUACUGUCUGAAAAGGAGAAACAACAUCAACAAACUCAACAACAACAGCAACGAACCCAACAUCAACAAACUCAACAACCUUAACAAACUCAACAACAACAAACUCAACAACAGCAGUGAGAACAUCAACAACAAAAGCAAUCCAAUUUGGAAAAAUUACGAUUUGAACCAACAACAUAAUUAUAAUAUUGGAUCAACGAAGAGCAACAACAACAACAACAACAACAACAAUGACGAAGAUGACAUCAACAAUCAUCUUUUCUCAUCACCAUCAUCACUUCUACUCAUUCAAUCAUCAUCAUCAUCUUCUUCCUCGCAAUCGUCAUCAGCAUCAUCGUCGACUCCAUCUUGCUUAAUGCACGCGUCAUCAAAAGAACGGAAAUUGCGUCACGGCGAACAAGAUGGCGAUUCAAGAUGGCCGCUAAUUGACCGCAGAAAUUCGAAUGUAUAUAACAAGUACUGA